AUAAAUGAUUUAGUAGAAAAUAUAAUAAAGAAAAUAUUAAAAAAUUGAAAAUAAUUUUGAUAAUAUAAUAAUAUUGUUUUAGGGGUGAUUUAUGAUCUUGGGGUUUGCUUUACUUCCCACCUAGAUGAUGAGAUAAUGAUGUGCCAAACUCAAUUCAAAUGCCGGACAGCAAACUGAAGCCCGAGAGGGACAGUGAGUGUUGAGGAAAAAGGUUAGAGAGAGAGAGAGGAGAGAGGACAGGGCAUUCUCUUACUCUCUGAUUAUUGAUUCCAGUUUGGGUUUUAAACAGACGCCAACUGGGUCAGAUUUAGUUUUACUUGUUGGUGAUGGGUAUUCUUUGAAAAAGUUUUCACUCUUGAUGCUACUUUUGGCUUCACAAAGCCGUAAGAGCUACAAAAGAACCGGAUAUAGAAAACAGCCAAUUUUUUCCUUACCUCAUUAAUGAUUCCCUCACAGGUUCCCCCUAAAUAGCAAUUGGGUUCUGUUCAACUUGCUGUUUGUUAUGAUUAGUUUGGUUCUUUUGUGUUCCUGAUAGGAGGUUUUGAUGGGAUUUAAAUGCUCAAUACAACAAUAGGAAGCAAACUUAGUAUUGAACCGUAAAGUGGAAUACUAAGAAGAGAUCAGAGAGGUGGACCACCUUGUUUUCUUAGUCUGUUGAAUAGUUGGUGUCGGUUUCAUGAAGUUUUCGCAUCAUUAUUUGUGGCUUCUAGAUUGGUUUUGUUUAUAAAGCAUUGAUUUUUACAAGCUGUGUGAAGUGCGCAUCUAGCAAUUUUUGUUUCUCAAUUUGAAUUUCUCAGGGGUUCUUCUCUCGGAGGUGCAACUUUGAUGAGUUGUGCUGCUAGAACUGGGGUUUUUAUCAAGCUUUCAAGGCGCUUUGUGAAGAUACACAGGUGGGCUUGGAUUGAAAUGUCUAUGAAUUCCAAGCUCUCUGGCUCAAAUGGCACAUUGUCAGCAAGUUUCAAGCUGAAGAAGCAAAAUGAUCCUUUGCAUGGGCCUAAUUCUGUCAGGAAAUGGAGGAGAAAGAUUCUGUGUCUUUGGCUAUUAUGUGUUCUCACCAUAGCCAGCAUUUGGUUCCUUUUGAGUUUUGAAAAUGGGGAAUUGAGGAGCAAAGACAAGAGUUUAGAUUCUUGUGAAGACAAAGCUCAAGUCUUGCUCCAGCAUUUCAACGUCAGCGAGAGCCAGCUUCAUGCAUUGGUUUCUUUGUUUUCUGAAUCAGAUCAGAUAACAUCCCUUGAAUGCUCCAAAGAACUGGGACCUGAAAUGGAAAUGACCGAUGGCAUUGCCUGUGCUCUGAAGGUACUGUGUUUGAAGAAGCAGGAGUUUCAACCACAAGGUGGAUGGGCUGCUGAAGGUGUAGAACCUAACAACCAAUGCCCAGCUCAAGAUAAGAACAUCCUGAAGAAACUUGAACAAUCAUUGAGAGACAAAUUGAACAUCAUCCGAACAAGGGAAAUGAGGGACCGCACAGAAGAUCACUGUAAUAUUUUUUCUUGUGGUUUGGAAAAAGUUUGUUGGUGGUUCCUUUUUGCAAUGAUUGUGAGCUGCACAUUAUUUAGUUUACAUGUGCAAUUUUGGAGGAAGAAAAAGCUGAAGCUAGUUCAUCUAGAGCCAGUGACUCAGCAGCGGCACCAGCUGAUGCAGCUCAAGCAGCAACAGCUAUCACAGAGUCCUCCUAAGGGUGCUGGAAAGUGGAGGAAGAAGCUUCUUAUAAUUUUUGUCAUGCUUGGGAUUCUUACUUCUAUUUGGUUGUUUUGGCACUUGAAUGGAAAAAUCAAGCUAAGAAGGGAAGAGACUCUUGCCAACAUGUGUGAUGAGCGAGCACGAAUGUUGCAGGAUCAGUUUAAUGUGAGCAUGAACCAUGUUCAUGCCUUGGCUAUUCUUGUAUCCACCUUUCACCAUGGAAAAGAUCCCUCUGCAAUCGAUCAGAAAACAUUUGGUGAAUAUACUGAGAGAACAGCUUUUGAGAGGCCACUUACUAGCGGUGUUGCAUAUGCUUUGAAAGUUCUACAUUCAGAGAGGGAGCAAUUUGAGAAGCAGCAUGGCUGGACGAUAAAGAAAAUGGAGACGGAGGACCAGACUCUAGUUCAAGAUUGUAUUCCGGAAAAGUUGGAUCCUGCACCCAUUCAAGAUGAAUAUGCACCUGUGAUAUUUUCUCAAGAAACUGUCUCUCAUAUUGUCUCUAUUGACAUGAUGUCUGGAAAGGAAGACCGGGAGAACAUCUUGCGAGCAAGGGCGUCUGGAAAGGGAGUGUUAACAUCUCCUUUUAAGCUUUUAAAAUCCAAUCACCUGGGAGUUGUACUCACUUUUGCUGUUUAUGAUGCUGAUCUUCCUCCAGAUGCAACACCAGAACUUCGAGUUGAAGCUACUGUGGGGUAUCUUGGUGCAUCUUAUGAUGUCCCAUCACUGGUUGAGAAGCUUCUACACCAACUUGCUAGCAAGCAAACAAUUGUUGUGAAUGUUUAUGACACAACUAAUGCAUCUGCUCCAAUUCUUAUGUAUGGCACUGAUGUUACUGAUACGGGUCUUUUGCACAUCAGCAUCCUUGACUUUGGGGAUCCAUUGCGGAAGCAUGAAAUGCAUUGCAGGUUCAAGCAUAAACCUACCUUGCCUUGGACAGCAAUAAAUGCUUCGGUUGGAGUCCUAGUUAUUACUCUUCUUGUUGGCCAUAUCUUUUAUGCAGCCAUAAGUAGAAUUGCAAAAGUUGAGGAGGAUUAUCGUGAGAUGAUGGAGCUCAAAGUUCGUGCUGAAGCUGCAGAUGUGGCAAAAUCUCAGUUUCUUGCAACUGUUUCCCACGAAAUCAGGACCCCAAUGAAUGGUGUUUUAGGUAUGCUGCAAAUGCUAAUGGAUACAGACCUUGAUGCAAAUCAAAUGGACUAUGCCCAGACUGCUCAUGCUAGUGGAAAAGAUCUUAUCUCACUGAUAAAUGGGGUUCUUGAUCAGGCUAAGAUAGAAUCAGGCAGGCUAGAACUGGAAGCUGUUCCUUUUGAUCUGCGCUCAGUUCUUGACAACGUUCUAUCACUUUUUUCGGGCAAAUCCAAUGAAAAAGGGAUUGAGUUGGCCAUUUAUGUCUCCAACCAAGUGCCUGAAGUUGUUAUUGGCGACCCUGGACGGUUCCGGCAGAUAAUUACAAAUCUUGUUGGAAAUUCUGUAAAGUUCACAAGAGACAAAGGGCAUAUAUUUGUCUCAGUUCAUCUGGCAGAUGAAGUGCGAAGCCCUCUUGGUGUUAGAGAUGCAGUGCUGGAGCAAGGCUUGAAUUUAUUUCAGGACUUGUCAAAUGAAAUGGAUAAUACAUUGAGUGGGUGUCCUGUGGUUGACAGAUGGAAAAGUUGGGCAAGCUUUAAAAGGUUAAACAACACAGAUACAAUGGGGGACCCUGAAAUGAUUAGAUUACUAGUUACAGUUGAGGAUACAGGUGUGGGAAUACCACUAGAUGCACAAAGUCGCAUUUUCACUCCUUUUAUGCAGGCUGACAGUUCCACUUCACGAACCUAUGGUGGGACUGGGAUAGGCUUGAGCAUCAGCAAAUGUCUUGUGGAUCUCAUGGGUGGUGAGAUCGGGUUUGUUAGUGAACCUGGCACUGGCAGUACCUUCUCAUUCACUGCUGCUUUCAGAAAAGGAGAAUUGAGUUCUCUUGAUACAAAGUGGCAACCUCAUGAUCCUACUGUUAUGGAGUUCCAAGGAUGGAGAGCAUUGGUAGUUGAUAAAAGAAGAAUCCGAGCUGAGGUUACUAGGUAUCAUCUUCAGAGGUUGGGAAUAUCUGUGGAUAUAGCUUCUAGCCCGAAGUCUGCAUGUUCUUAUAUAUUGGGAGGUUGCUACACAAGUGUUCCAGCAGAUUUUGCUAUGGUUCUUAUCGACAAAGAUGUUUGGCAUGACGAAACUGGUAUUGCUUUCAAUCAUUUGUUGAAAGAAUCCAAGCAAAAUGGUGGGAAAGAAAUCGAAGUAAACCUUCCUAAGAUUUUUCUCUUGGCUACCACUGUCAGUCCUGAUGAACGCUGUGAACUCUUAUCGGCUGGUUUAGUAGAUAAUGUAAUUAUGAAGCCUCUUCGAUUAAGUGUCUUAAUUGCUUGCUUUCAAGAAGCCAUUGGAAGUGGUAAGAAGAGUCAAGCAAAGAGAAAGAAACCAUCAGCUCUUCAGAAUCUACUAAGAGGAAAGAGAAUUUUGGUGGUAGAUGACAAUAAAGUGAACAGAAGGGUGGCAGAAGGAGCUCUAAAGAAAUAUGGAGCAAUUGUUACCUGUGUGGAGAGUGGCAAGGAUGCCUUGGAACUGCUAAAACCACCACACACAUUUGAUGCUUGUUUCAUGGAUCGCCAUAUGCCAGAGAUGGAUGGCUUUGAAGCUACCAGGCAAAUUAGGUCAAGGGAAAGGCAAUUUAAUGAGCAAAUUGCAUCUAGGGAAGCAUUGGCAGAGAUGUUUGGAAAUGUGGCUUAUUGGCACACUCCAAUAUUGGCAAUGACAGCUGAUGUGAUUCAGGCAACGAAUGAAGAAUGCAUUAAGUGUGGGAUGGAUGAUUAUGUUUCAAAGCCAUUUGAAGAAGAGCAGCUUUACAAUGCAGUGGCUCGCUUUUUUGAGUCUGAUUGAUAAGAGUGGAUUUAGAUGUCAGUUAUUGCUCAUUUGACCUUCAGCCGGCUGGCUGAUCUGUGCUGAAUUUGCAUUGACCCCAAAGCAUUUGGUUAGCCGACUAACGAUGGAUAGAAUGAUCCCCAACACUUUCUUAUCAUCUUUCCAGCCAUGGAAUCUGAGACUGAAGGUGACUAGAUUCAAGUAUGCAUGAUCUGGGAAGUGCAAGCAAAUGCUUGUGGCCAGUUUGUUGUCACUGGUUGCUUACCAUAUGAGAAAUUGAAGAAGACAAUGACUAACAUGAGUAGGCAGAUGGUAAAAAUGCUAGCAGUGAUCCUUUUUUGAAUGCUGAUGAGACAAUCAAUUCAACUUUUGAUCUUCUGCUAACUUAUGCAUGAAAGAUGAAAGAAGGAAUGAUUUUAGCACUGCCAAUAGCGGUUGCGACAGUAUAAUAAUUAUCCUCUUAUUUUCUCUUCCUGAGGAAGAUCAAAAUAAAACAAGGGGGUUGAUGCACACACAAUGCUGCACACCCAUUUAUGCAAACAAAAAGAUGUACCAGUAGCUUUUCUUAGUUGAAAAAUGUAAAUUGAGAUUGAUGGUUCCGAAGAGAAAGAACUGUUGUAUGUCACUGUUCGUCAAUUUGUUAUGAAGGUGCAAUUUGUUGUAAAUAAAUUUUUCUUCAAUGUAUAUAAACAUUAACAUUUUUGAUAAACAGAACAAAAAGUUGAGACAGGAUCUAUUGAUACUGUACUCACUAUGCUUUUUUAA